CCUGUGAUAACUGAUUUACCUCAGACAACUAUGACAUUAUUACAGUGAAGGAGCCCAGGAGGAACCGGAAUGAAAGCUGACUGUGCUCUUUUGGACUUGUCCUGUGGCAAGUUCCACUGUUUAUUUUCAAAGGAUAAGAAAAUCUUCCUGUGAUCUACGUAGAAGAGAAAUGCUCCUGCCAGCGUAAAGUGGCAUUGAAAGCUCCUUUUGUAGUGUCUUCAGACUGGGGAUUUGUUUCUAGUGAAAGAAAAUAGUAGCUGGAAACGUGGAACAAGAGUGGUGAUGACUCGGGAGAGGAGUGCCUGACAUCUGGUGGCCGAGACAGCCGUAGCAACACUCAGAAAACUUCAAGAGUAGAAGCUACUUGGAAGUUUGGUAGAUGUGAGGUCAGUCUCUGAAUGUGUAUUUCGGAGGCGCGCCCCGCUGCUCUCUGCAUUGAUGAUCAUGACCCCGCGGCUCGGGGGGUUCCCGGGGCGUUGGGUGGGAGGGACGGUGGCUGAGUCUGGGCAUUGGCUGCAGCCGCCGCCGCCGCGCCCAGCAGGUGGCAGCACGAAGCGCCCAGCGGCUGAGGAUUGUCCCUGCCCGCAGCCCGUAGCGUGGCGAGCGGGUGCUGCGGACUUUGCCCGGCCCGGCCAUGGCCUCCGGCAGCGCCAUCCAGAUCCCCAGCCGCCUGCCGCUGCUGCUCACCCACGAGGGGGUCCUGCUGCCCGGCUCCACCAUGCGCAGCAGCGUGGACUCGCCGCGGAACAUGCAGCUGGUGCGGAGCCGGCUGCUGAAGGGCACCUCGCUGAAGAGCACCAUCAUCGGGGUGAUCCCCAACACCAGCGACCCCGCCUCCGACUGCGACGAGCUGCCCUCGCUGCACCGGAUUGGCACUGCUGCACUGGCAGUUCAGGUAGUUGGCAGUAACUGGCCUAAACCACAUUACACCUUGCUAAUUACUGGCCUCUGCAGAUUUCAAAUCUUGCAACUGCUGAAAGAAAAACCAUAUCCCGUUGCUGAGGUUGAACAGUUGGACCGACUUGAACAAUUUACCAACCAGACUAAAUCCGAGGAAGAAUUGGGAGAGCUGUCAGAACAGUUCUACAAAUAUGCUGUACAGCUGGUUGAAAUGUUGGAUAUGUCUGUCCCUGCAGUUGCUAAGCUGAGACGUCUUUUAGACAAUCUGCCUAGAGAAGCUUUACCAGAUGUACUAACGUCAAUCAUACGCACAAGCAACCAAGAAAAGCUGCAGAUUUUAGAUGCUGUUAGCCUGGAGGAGCGAUUCAAGAAGACUAUACCAUUGCUUGUUAGACAGAUUGAAGGCCUGAAGCUGCUUCAAAAAACCAGAAAACGCAAACAGGAUGAUGAUAAAAGGGUUGUAGCUAUUCGUCCUAUUCGGAGGAUCAAUCACGUUCCAGGUACUGCAGAAGAUGAAGAGGAGGAUGAAGAUCAUGAUGACAUUGUCAUGCUAGAAAAGAAAAUUAAAACAUCCAGUAUGCCAGAGCAAGCUCUUAAAGUUUGUGUAAAAGAAAUAAAAAGGUUAAAGAAAAUGCCUCAAUCAAUGCCAGAAUAUGCCUUGACCAGAAAUUAUUUGGAACUAAUGGUGGAACUUCCAUGGAACAAAAGUACAAAAGAUCGUUUGGAUAUCCGUGCAGCUAGAAUUCUUCUGGACAAUGACCAUUAUGCCAUGGAGAAGUUGAAGAAGAGAGUUUUGGAGUACUUAGCUGUCAGACAACUUAAAAACAACCUAAAGGGACCCAUCCUUUGUUUUGUGGGCCCCCCUGGAGUCGGUAAAACUAGCGUGGGAAGAUCUGUUGCAAAAACCCUGGGCCGAGAGUUCCAUAGGAUUGCCUUAGGGGGAGUAUGUGAUCAGUCUGACAUUCGAGGUCACAGGCGCACCUAUGUUGGCAGUAUGCCUGGUCGAAUAAUCAAUGGCUUGAAGACUGUUGGGGUUAACAAUCCAGUGUUUUUAUUAGAUGAGGUUGACAAACUGGGGAAGAGCCUGCAGGGAGAUCCUGCAGCUGCUUUGCUUGAGGUCUUGGAUCCAGAACAAAAUCAUAGCUUCACCGAUCACUACUUAAAUGUAGCCUUUGACCUAUCCCAAGUCCUUUUUAUAGCCACAGCCAACACUACUUCUACCAUCCCACCAGCUCUGUUGGACAGAAUGGAGGUCAUUCAGGUUCCAGGAUAUACACAAGAAGAGAAGAUAGAAAUUGCACAUAGACACUUGAUCCCGAAACAGCUAGAACAGCAUGGGUUGACUCCUCAGCAGAUUCAAAUUCCACAAGUAACUACCCUGGACAUCAUCACCAGAUACACUAGAGAGGCAGGAGUCCGCUCUUUGGAUCGGAAAUUUGGAGCUAUUUGCAGAGCAGUGGCUGUGAAAGUGGCAGAAGGACACCACAAGGAGACAAAGCCAGAUCGCUCUGAAGUGACUGAAGAAGACUGCAGAGAGCAUGUCGCAGAAGAUGCAAAAACAGAAUCCAUCAGUGACGCACCCGACCUGGCUCUGCCCCCUGAAAUGCCGAUAUUAAUUGAUUUCCAUGCCUUAAAAGAUAUCCUGGGGCCACCUAUGUAUGAAAUGGAGGAAUUACGGGUUUUUAAUCUAAAGGGAAAAUACUUCGCGGACAGAAAGGGUUUUAAUACGUCACACAGAGUUCUGAAAGAUAUAGAUACACCCCAGAAAGACCAUGAACUAGUAUCUGAACGUUUGAAUCAGCCAGGAGUAGCCAUAGGCUUGGCUUGGACUCCUUUAGGAGGUGAGAUCAUGUUUGUAGAAGCCAGCCAAAUGGAUGGAGAAGGUCAGCUUACUCUAACUGGACAGCUGGGGGAUGUCAUGAAGGAGUCAGCACAUCUUGCAAUUAGCUGGCUGCGUAGCAAUGCAAAGAAAUACCAGCUAACUAAUGCUUCUGGAAGUUUUGAUCUCCUUGACAACACCGACAUCCAUCUGCACUUCCCAGCUGGAGCCGUCACAAAAGAUGGACCAUCUGCUGGAGUUACCAUAGUAACCUGUCUUGCCUCACUUUUCAGUGGGCGGCUGGUGCGUUCAGAUGUAGCAAUGACUGGAGAAAUUACACUAAGAGGCCUUGUUCUUCCAGUUGGGGGAAUUAAGGACAAAGUCCUAGCAGCCCAUAGAGCUGGACUGAAGAGAAUUAUCAUUCCUCAAAGAAAUGAAAAAGACCUUGAAGAGAUUGCAAUGAAUGUGCGGCAGGACUUGAAUUUUGUUACGGCAAGCUGCCUGGAUGAAGUUCUGAAUGCAGCUUUCGAUGGGGGAUUUUCAGUCAAGACUGGACUUGAGCACUUGAAUAGUAAACUUUAAGCAGAUUGGGUGAGAGAUCCGGUACAUCAACAUUAAACACUCAUUCAACUGUCAGAUGGUAAAAAUGUGAUCUAUGGUGAUACAAAACAUGAGGGCGAAUAUUGAGGCCUCACUGUGAUGUGCUGUGCCACCCAUUAAAAUUAAGGCCUUUCUUUCAGUGGGGCCUCAACCCCAGUUCUACUUGACUAUUAAUAAUAGAAAAGUGCACCUGCAACUUUACCAAACAAGUUUUACAUAUGCCCCUUCUAUCAGCAGCAUGUACAGGCAUUAAUGGGGAGAGUACACAUUCCUGCUUGCACACCCAAGCGUGUGAAGAUUAGGGAUAUAUUUUUUGCUCUAGUUUUGUUACUGCUGUAUACAGAUGGGUUUAAUGAUAGCUGUAGUGAUUAGGCAAGAGAUUUGUGUUAUAUAAAUUAUCCAUAUUAAACUUCAUGUAAUUAAAAUAAAUGCACUUAGUUUUUCAGAUGAGCUAUCGGUGAAUACUGCUUACUUCCCCAGCAAAAAAAAAAACAGUUGAAGUGCAUUAAUUUUUGUCUAAAAACCUUGCAAAAAUGCAUUUGUUAAAAUACUAGAAUUUCAGAGUUGUUACAUUUAAAAGAAACGUAAAGCAUGAGUCACCACAACCACCUUCGUUGUGCUCAGAUACCAUUGCCACUGUCCUGUAUUCCCGAUUUUGUCCAUUUUUGGCUCAAUGACUUAUUUUAAGUGCCUAAUCUUAAUGGUCAGUAGUGUUUUUUUUUAACACCCCCAGCUGAUAUUUAGAGUUUCUAGGCCAAACCGUUAACAUGCAAAAAGCUAGGAAAUACGUAAUAUGAUGUAUUUGUGGCCCUCACCCUAAAACUUUCCAACAGGUAAAAUUUCAGGUCCCUCACAUGAGCUAUGGGGGAACAGUGGUUAAAAUUUGACUUAAGACCCAUCUCUUCCUUAACUAUGAGAGAAGUUAGUUUCUCACCUUAAUCAGCACAAAUAUUUAAUACACGUAUCUGUGGUAAAUGAAAUGGAGUUUGUUUGGGGGUGGUGCUCAUAGAUGUGGAAUAAAAGACAAGAUUUCGCAAACCAGAGUUAGUCAAAUGCACAAAUAUUCACCCAGUGAAUGCCACCAAAACUACUCCUUCACAACAGGGGAAAAAAAAGAGAGGCGACCAAAUCAGGUUAGGAAAAGUGAAGACUUGUGGGAGAGUAUAUAGCAUUAUGGAAAAGACAUACAAAUAUUGAUUAAUCACUUCUGUGAAGCAUGUCUUGUCCCCAUUUAAUGGUAUCUGCAUGAGAAGUGUCAUCUAGCACAUUAUGCAUAAGGUUUUAAGCCUGGCUUUGCCACUGCAUGGCGGGACAGUUGAACAGAUUAAACAUCUGAACCUAUUUUCCCCAUCUGAAAAACAGAGUUAUGAUUAUUAUCUCUUGUGGGAAUGUCAUAAUAAAUGUUUGAGAGUUACCUUUAAGAAUAAAAUAAGGAUUAAGUUAUUAAAGCCACCCAGUGCAGCAGAACACCCUCCUAAACCCUGCAGCCCGUCAGAGCCCUGACACAUCUGCCCCAGCCCUGAUCCACCUCCUGAACUUCAUUUCUAGCCCCACUCCUAUCCCCAAUUUUAUGAGCAUUCAUGGCCGCCAUACAAUUUCCACCCCCCAAUGUGGUCCUCAGGCCAAAAAGUUUGCCCACCCCUGCACUAAUACCUACUCACACCUUCAAAAUUGUGUACAUGCUAGUGGAGAGUAAAGUGAGUCCCCACUGGAAAUUAUGGCCUCAAUUAUUGAGGACUUUUGGAAGAGGAUUCUUAAAAUAUGCAAAGAUGAUGCUUAAUUUUUUUCUCCCAACAGUUUAGUAUUUGACUUCAUUCUCUCCUGGAAUUUCUAAAACCAUGCUCUUCUGGCAGAGCAGCAGUCAUGAGAAAUUUGACAAAUCAGAUGAGUUUUUAAAAAGGUAGGUUUUUUUGCAUGGGGAGGGAAUGUAGACAGGAGAGGCAAAAGUCAGGCUUAUACAAAGAAAGACUCCUUAAGUCUCACUUGUGGAAAAACUGGAUGCUCAAAUAAAAAAAGGGAACAUUUUGAUUUGGUGUUUUAAAGCUCCAAAAUUCAAAUAAUAGUUGUAGUAUAAAUAUUUCAGAACAAGAGUAUAGAAAAAGCAUAGCCUUAAGUGUCAAAUUCUAGUUUUCUUUGCCACUCUACCCUUUGUAAAGAAUCAUAUUCGCCUCUUACCCUCAUGUAUUUUUCCACCCUCUUAUAUGAUGGCUGUAAUUAAAAGCUACCAACUUAAGUCUACGCAUGUUUUAAAUUAUGGGGAAGAUGAUUAUAUUCUGUGACUAGGAGUCUCUGAAUGUUGUUUUCCUUAUGUUAGCUUAUGAAGAAAGAUUAAAAUCUUUAGUAAUGCUGGUUUUUGUAACUUAAAUUUUUCAGUUUGGUAUUAGAUUAAUAAAGGUUUGACCACUUCUUGCAA